CGACGUCAUUAAACACAACUGGAAGAACCAUCAAGGCUACGCCUCGCUAAAACGCCUCUGUUUUCGAGUAUUUUUUAUUGCAUUUUGUCAAUUACGUCAGUUUUUAUGCAUCUUUAGUCGGUAAAGAGCCAAGUAUCGUGACGUUAUGUGUAGCUUUUGCUAGAAAUGUAGAUUGAAAGUUGCCGCGAUCAUAAGGUAGAGUUUUGGACUUUGGUGUUCACCACUGUGAUAAGAGAAACUUUAUGCGAAAUGGUGUUGUUUUAAUUAACUUUAAGUAAAUGUUUGCGUUUUUCUCUUUUUUGUUUCAGUACAAAAUGUGGGUGUUCAAAGUGAUUGCUUGUGUAACGAUUUUGGGACUCAAUUCCAUCCAAGGAAACCAGAUCCCGGAUAAUUUUAUUGAAGAUGAUGAUAUUCAAUACGAUAUCGAACCUCCUCAAGAUAUCAGAGUCCAGUGUAACAGCAAUGAAAUACUAGUGCAUGUUGAUACCGUACAUAAUGUAUUCAGUGGCAUGAUAUACCCGAUGGGAUUGUCCAAGAACUCCUCAUGUAUGGCAGAAUUCAGUCAUAACUAUGGCCCUGUUAAAUAUCGCCUACCUUUAAGAUCAUGUAAUACGAUGAGUACUCAAUUGGAAAAUGGUGCCAUAGAAUACUACAACACAAUUGUUGUCCAGCCACAUCGAAAAUUAGUCACAAAUAAAGGACGAGGUUUCCACGUAAGAUGUCGUUAUCAACCGAAAGAGAACCUCUCAUCAUCGCCCUCCUCCGAAAACACAACGGAAACAUCAGCAUCGAUUUUCGCUGCCAAAAUGCCCAUCGUGACGAUGAAAAUCUACUACGGCGAAUCUUCUAACGUCGAGGUGGCUGAAAAUGUCAAAAUCGGUGACCCGUUGAAUUUGGUGAUCAACAUCAACGAUUCAAACAACGUUUACGGUUUGUACGUUACUGAUUGUUUGGUCCAAGAUGGUCUAGGCUGGAGCGAGCAACGUUUAGUUGACGGAGAUGGAUGCCCCAUGGAUCAAGAAAUUAUGGGACCAUUCAAAUACAACGAUCAAUUAACCAAAGCUGUGGUUCGUUUCCAAGCUCAUAAAUUCCCAUAUACUGCUUCGGUGUACUACCAGUGCAGUGUACAUUUAUGUAUGCAUGAGAAUGAAGGUUGCAAGCAUGUGCCUCCAACUUGCAAUAGCGAUAAGAAACGUAGAAGUCGUAGAGACGAUAGGCAAAAACAUAACCCAGAAGAUGGUAGCGAAGCCAUGAUCGAAGUAUACAGCGGAUUAUACGUAAACGAAGCCAACGAUGUGAACAAACCCGAACAAAUGGAUCAAGUUAUGGAAAAGGCUUUAGACGAUCCUUACAACAUCUGCGUAUCUCAACGUAGCUUCGCCGUUGGAAUCGCCAUCGCUGGUUUGGUUCUAAUGUUAUUAACAAUCAUCGCAGUUAUGAUUAUACUAACGAAAAAGAGGAGCCCAAGGAAAGAUAUCUCAACCACCGGAAGCUCUAUUUACAGCGGACCUUAUACCAACACUGCCUUUGUUCCAGAAUCUCGCUAAAUGAUGUGUUUUUUCAAAACCACUCUUAACUCAAAUGCAUUUGUGAUGAUACUUUCCAAAGAAAGUUCAACGAAAUUUACAUAUCUCUCGGUGUGUUGUUAAUUCUAAUUUAUUGAAAUAAGAUUCGAUUUUUUUUUGUUUUGUAUAAUUUUUAACUUUGGUGGAGUCCUAUUGUCCAUUUUUGUUUUUUUAACAAUUGUGAUUUAUUUUUUAAUUUUGUUAUGUUUGUGGUGUAAGGUCAAUAUAUGAUCGUUGUUGGGUAUCCAACAUUAAAAAAUUAACGCACGAGCAUAAUAACUUUAAAAAAGUGUAAUAAAUUUUUUUAUAUGUAA